GUAUUAAAACCUAAAGGCACCAUAAUGAUAUAACUUCACUUUUAAUGUAAAAAAUUGCUCGUUUUUAGCCUAAAUUUUUUUUUUUGGACAGGAUAGUAGGAUGUAUUUUUCUAGGAGUAUAAUUAUUUUCACAUUUCCUGUAAACUUUACAAGGGGACCCAAGCAAUUUUUUUCAGAAUUUAAAGCAUGUGUGUUAAGUUAUUUUUUAUUGUUUUGUUUCUGACAUCCUGUUAAACUUUUGUCAGCCUACAUGUAAAAUUCCAGGUUAUUUUUACAGGGGGUUGUAGACAUUUGAUUGGCAAUUUUACGUGGGGUUAUGACUUUAUUUUAAUUUAUGAGAGGAUGGUAUGGUUGUUUGUGUUUUUGUUUAUGUUGCAAACUGCUGCUUUUUAAAAUUUUGUGUAAACUUUUGUGGGAAAAAGACCACAUGCAAUAUACUGAAAGAACAAAUUCACGUUUUUGUUAACGUUUUUGUUAAGAAUUUUAAAAUUGUAAUAAUAACUGUGUUUGGUGAUAAUGAAAACUUUUUUGUUUUUAAUAUUAUAUGAAAUGCCUGAUUUUUCUAUGAUUUGAUGUGUUUCAUAACCUUUUUGUGGAAGAUUUAUGGGCAAUGGCAAUAUAGGACAUGCUAAAAAUGGACUGAUUUUUGUUGAUUUGGAUGUGCUCCUCAAAAACAAAUCUGUUUUACAUUUUGUGUAAACUUUUGUGAGGACAGACCGUAUAUACACUCUGUUUUCCAAAAAUAAUAUCUUUGUUGAUUCAAAUUUACUCCUUAUUUAUUUUUGACAUUCACGUUUAAAAUAUUUGGUAAAGGUCACUACAGAUCAUCGUACUCAGGAAAAAAUUUUUGUAUUCUUAACCUGUUCAUUUUUACAAUUUGUGUAUAUUUUUUGGGAACAGGAUAGUAUGUAAUCGAAGAAAUGAUUUUCCAGAUAUAAAUUUUAUGUUUUUUGACACUUUGAUUGAAUAAUUAAAGGUUUUUCACAAAGUAGAGAUGUGUUAUUUCUGACUUUAUUAUUUGUUGCUAUUGUACUUGAUUCUAUACAUUAUUUUGAUUAUUGUUUCAAGCUCUAUACAUAAUGAUCUUUGUUGAUUCAAGUUUAUUCUUUGCUUAUUGAUUUUUUGACAUUUAGGUUUAAAAUUGCUGGUAAAGGGCAGUACAGAACCAAAAGUGAAAAAUUUGUGUUCUUAACUGGUUGAUUUUUACAUUUUGUGUAAAUUUUUGUGGUAGAGGAUGGUAUAUAACCGAAAUGACUGAUUUUUCUAGAUUUAAAUUUGAUGUUUUCCAAACUAUGGCUUUUUCGUAUUUUUGUAUAAGCUUCUAAGGGAAAGACAAUAUAUAAAAUGUGUAAAAAGUUUAUUUUUGUUGAUUUGUGCUAACUCUUGCAGGCCUCCUUUUUGACAUUUUAGAAUAAAAUACUAAGGGUUUUCAACAUAAUCACUUUUAGGAUGUAUAUACAUAUUUUAGAUGUGUUAUUUCUGACAUUGUUAUUAUUUGUGUUGUGGCUGUUGGUGUUGUGACUGUAGGUGUUGUAACUGUCGGUGUUCUUACUGUCGGUUUUGUGAGUUUGGUGUUGUGAGUGUCGAUGUUGUCAGUGUCGAUGUUGUAACUCUUUAUCAACUAGAUUUUACACCUUGCAAGCUGUUUUUUUUUUUAUUUUGCGUAAGAUUUGAGGAUUUAAUGCGAUUUGAUAUUAAUAUGAUAUUGUAAGAUUUAAAGGACAUUUAUUUUUAUAUGCACUGCUGAUGUCAGAAAAACAUCUAAAGCAACCUAUUUUUCAUAGGACUUUGGCCUAGGUGGAUUUUUCCACUGGCCUUAUCGUCUAGUCUAUAUAAUAAUACGCUAAGUGUGUCUGUCUGUGUGUCUGUGACAGGCAAAGUGGAUUUCUUCAUUUUCCUUUGAUGUUGCCGAAAAAUGCAUCUCUAAUAUGUCAAAUUUUCUGACGUUACGGCACGAUGAAAAAACACUACUUUAACGUCAAUAUCCUAUAUUAAAUUAAUGAAGCCAUUACAGUGCACCUAAAACUUUGAGGCCAAAUAACUUGAAAACGAGGUGGUGACGUCAAUGAUUUUUCACCGCGCGGGUAACUAGGGACCACCUAGGACCAAUUUGAGUUAUAUUUCCAAACCUGGGUUUCCGAAGUCGUUUCGGAAUGGACGGGUUGAUGACGUCAUCAAAAAACCUUUAAACCCUAAUAUCUCUGCAACCGUUUGUCAAAAGUACAUGAUCCUAUACAUUUUCUUGCUCAGCGUUUGAAGAUCUAUACGAUGAAGGCAACAGGUAUACAAAUUUCUAAAAAAAAUAUUAAGGUCUAGACGGGCCAUUGCUGACGUCAGCAAAAUUCGAAUGACGCUUAUUUUUCAUAUUUAUCCUGCCUCAGUGGAUUUUUCCACGGACUUUAUCGACUAGUUUUCUAAUAAAACGCCUCAUCCAUGAUGCGCCGUUUUAAUAUAAGCCGGCGUUAAUUAGAGGAGGGCGUUCAUUUCAACUACUUCAGUAGAAGUGCGGCGUUUAAUAGAGGGCGGCGUUUGUUAGAGAAAACACGGUAUCUAUUUUUAAAAAUCACCAUAUAUAUUUUUAUCAAUAGCUAUCUUUAUUUUAAAAAUGGACAUAUAUUUUCGAAAAAAAGACCAUUUAUAUAUUUUAUGAAUGACCACAUAAAUUUUAUCGUGUUUGGUAAUAAUGUCAUCAUUGGCGCGUCAAAGAUGAACUCAAGGGCUUUACCCUUGCCUCACAAUAAUGAAAGGGGAAUUCCCUCACGCUUAUGAAUAAAUAAAAUUGUCUUAAGUGGUCGAUAAUGAAAUGUUGUUGAAAGAGAAAGUUUAUGAGAAAAGAAAGAUGUUGAAUGGAGAACUACUUAUUUUAUCGACAAAAAUGAAAUCAGAAAAUCAUCUUGAUGGCAGGUAGCUCUUCCACCGUACCUGCUGUAGUAACGAUAGAAGAAGAAAACUUCUUCAGGAUUCAGCGCCUACUGGAUGUAAGUAACAAAACAUUGCAACGCUAUCUGGCAAAAUAUUUCACAGUCAACGAUCCUGGUCAAUUUUAUGAAGAGCUUAAAACAAUUAAAUCACAAUUAAAGUUAUACAAUUCGCAAGAGAAAAUAUUAUUUCCGAAAAAUAAAGAAACUAAAAUAGAAAAGUGCGACAUUACAUUGAUAUUGGCUUUGUUAAGGACUUCAAAGUGUACACCAAGCCAAGCUGAUCUCGCUGACAUAAAGUCUAUACAAAAAUGCCGAAACAAAUACGCUCAUUCUGAUAGUUACGCAAUACCAACAGCACAAUUUCAAAAUGAAUGGACAAACUUAACUUCUGUACUGGAGAGAUUAGGAGCAGAUCCUCAUGUCAUUAAAAUUUUAAAAACCCAAACACUGGAUUCGAGUGCUUAUAAAAAAAUCGCUGACUUGAAAGGUAAACGUAGCAAUGUUUGGUACCAAGUUCCAAUGCCUGUUAAAGAGUUUCACGGAAGAGUUAACGAAAUAGAUAAUAUUCAUUCGGCGUUGCUAGAUACUACCAAAAGAGGAUGUGUCAUUUCGAAUCAUGGUGGAGUGGGAAAAACGCAAUUGGCCAUCAAAUACUGUUCUCAAUAUAGCAAUGACUACAAUGGCAACGUUAUUUGGAUAAACAGUGACACUCGAACUAAUAUUGAGUCUUCGUUUCAAUCUGUUGCUGAUUAUAUAGACUUAAUACCUAGUACUGCGCAUGAUGCGAAGAAUAUCGCUUCUAGAGUGUACGAUUUUUUUGCUGAUCGACCAUGUUUGUUUGUUUUUGACGAUGCUAACGACGUGAAACUAUUGAAUGAAUAUCUGCCAAAACUACCACCCAGUUCGCAUGAACCGGUUAUGUUAGUGACAAGUCAAAGCUCUGAAUGGGGGAGUCAGUUUGCCAUUGUUCCCUUACAUCCAUUUACAGAUGCGGAGGCCCAAGAUUUUGUUACAACUUUUUUACAUUUACCUGCAUCAAGUGUAGAGGAUGUCAAAUUUCUUUGCAAGGAGUUAGGGAAUCUCCCCCUGGCUUUACACCAAGCCGUGUGUUACAUUAAAAAGCAUGGAAUCUUUCUCAACAUGUACAAUAAGAUGUUGCAAGAGGGAAAAUAUCACAUACUGAAGGAGGAGGUACCAGGUGGCCUCUAUACGAAAACUUGUCUCAAAACGUUUGAUCUUGCAAGAGAAAAACUUCAUGACAAUGGUGACAACAAUGCUAUCAAACUUCUUAGUUUGAUGUCAUAUAUGGAUGGUAAGCACAUCAACAGGUCCUUUCUUGAAUUAUCUUUUUCAGAUGUAGAUACGCUGUAUUCUGCAUUAAAAGUGUUAUCAGAAUAUUCUUUAAUAACAUACGAAAAAGGAACGGUACAAAUACAUACGUUAGUUCAGCUUGUUGUUCGCAUAACGACCGCACAGAAUAUGACCUUCGUCGACAAAGUGAUCAAUUGGUUUUUCCCUUCGAAAUCGUACUAUGGAAUGUUGCUAGAUUUAAUACUCGAAUGUGUACACACUCAAGAUGAUUGGGUCAAAAGCAACUUAGGAGACACCUCAUGGGUUGCGCAUGUUAUUACUCUCUGUGCAAGAUGUGAAGAAGGAAACACUUCAUCUAAAGACAGAAAGUACGUGUCUGAUUUUAUCUUGAGAAACGAUUUGAUCGCGCCGAUGUGUGAUGUGUACGAAAGCAAAUGCCAAUACAACACUGGCUACUCUGAUUUCAAUACUAUGUUUGAGAAUUUUAGUCAAAUAUCCGGACGUGAAUCUAGCAGGUUGUUUAACCUCCAAAAUUGCAAAGCUACUUUACUGACUAAGGUCGGUAGAAAGAAAGAAGCGUUAGAUAUAUUUGACAAAUUGGUAACAGGCUAUACAAAACAACUUGGAGCAAAUCAUGUUUACACCCUUAAUAUGAGAAUAAAUAAAUUGUCGUCGUUGAUUGAUUGUGGACACUAUAAACAUGCUGAAAGAGAGAUAAAAAGUAUGAGUGAAAUAAAAUCAUUUCCAAAACUAAGAGAGCCAGAGCAAAUAAGCUUUUUAGAGCACAAGGCUACGCUGUCGUUUUUACAAGGACACUCUAAAAAAGCUUUGGAUUUGUUCAACAAAUGUGAAGAUGAUUUGCUAUCUGUGUUUGGAGAAGAGGCUUCGCGGCGACUGUACACAAUUCAGUACAGCAAAGCUAACUGCCUCUUUCAAAUGGGUGAAUAUGAAAAGUCUAAGAAGAUGUUCGAAGAUGCCCAAACUAAAGCAUUAGAAUUGUAUACAGAUGAAAAACUUGAGAAAGUUUGCAUUGCAAAACGAAGUAUAGCAAAGUGUUUGUUGCACCUAAACAGAACCGAUGAAGCUUUGGAAAUUCUAGAUGACGUUUUGAAAGAACUUCUUGAGCAAUUCGAUGAGUUUAACACUGAGUAUUUAUCAGCAGAAUAUUUUAAAGUAAUUGGUUUAAUCGAUAAAAAUGAUUUUAACAGUGCAAAAGAACUUGUUGAAGAAAAUAUUAAGAAAAGGAGUGAAAUGAUCGGAAAAGAUCAUCCAUACGUGUUGUUGUCGAAGGUACAACUCGCUCGAUGUCUUAUGGAGGAAUUGCAGUUACAGAUGGCGAGAGAUGAAUUGCUAAUUAUCAGAGAGAAACAGAAGAAAGAACUGCACAUAUUACAUCCGGAUGUGUUGGAAACUGAAUUUUAUCUUGGGAUUUGCUAUUCAAAGUUAGGCGACACAAACAAAGCUUCUAUGAUCUUGCAUAGUGUUUAUGAGGGACAAAAGGAAAUACUAGGUGUCAACCAUCCUAGUACAAAUAAAACGGAAAACAAUACUAAAAAGUUAUUUGUAAAGUAAAGCAUUUUUUAACCUGGGAACUGUGCUAAUAAUUUUAAUACACUAUAUUUUUAAAUUUUGACAGAUAAUUAUAUUAAAUCUAAGGCAGACAAUGUGUUAAAGGUGCAUAUGAAUUGUUAAACUGUAUUAGUUAGACAAAGUUUGUGUCGGCAGAAAUUUUUUGGUCCUAUUUUGCGCCACCUUCUAAAAAUUUAGACACUACUGUUCUGGCUUAAGGAAUUGCCAGAAAAACGAUGUAGCUGAUGAUACCAAAAAAAUGAAGUUUGGGGACAUUUCCAGUUUGCUAGAAACCAAUACAGAAGAAAAGAAAAGUCUAAAAAUGCACCUAAUUUGCAAAGGGUAAUUUUCUCAUAUUUCAUUCCCCCCAUUUUUUGUGGCUUACUGAUAAAAUAAAGUAAUAAAAUCUAAACUGGCCUCGGCCCUAGUAUUUUGGUGGGGCAUUUUUUUCAUUUUUGAACAAAUAAGAUAAUUACGGAAUUGUUAACCAAAUUGUAAAUAUGAAGUCACUAUUAUUAUUCUUUCCAUGAACUGUGAAUGUGGUAACAAAACAA